AUGUCGGACCCAGCUGGCUCUUGUCCCCGAAAAGCGCAGCCGUUCUCUUCCGCACAAGUGGACCACGCAAGGCAGCUUCCCAAAAAAGGAUCGGUCUCAAGAAGCCAAGAGAUGUUUGGGUCUCGAGUGGAAGACCGGUCUGAGCCACUCAGCUACGGUUAUCCCACCACAAAACUCACACCUUCCGCCACACGACAGCUCGUUUCUCCAGAAGACGUCGUCUCCACUUGA